AUGUUGGAGGAGGGGUCAUCCCUGGCUCCAAGCCCCAGGACCCCAGGUGAGGUUCCUUGGAAUCUCCAUGAGCCGGCAAUAGUCCAAUUUUACUUCAUUAGAAACCUGGAUUUGAAGGCUUUUCUAACCAUGGCUUCAGAUGUGGGGCUCUGGGUCAUCCUGUGUCCGGGACCCUACAUUAGCAGUGACAUAGACCUUGGAGGCCUGCCUAGUUAAGGUGUUCUCUGAGGUUGGUCACUCAAAGAUCCAAAGAUGAAGCUGAGAACAACUUACAGGGGCUUCACUAAAGCAGUGGAUCUCUAUUUUGGUCAACUGAUUCCCAGAGUGUUGGGUUCUCAUGGCUCUGCUGCUGUGCCUUUCUUCCUCCUCCUGCUGUCAACUGAACACAGCUCCCAUUCUCAGUAUGAGAGGGGUGGCCCCAUCAUUGCUGUGCAGGUCAAGAAUGAAUAUGGUUCAUAUCAUCUGGAUAAAAGAUACAUGCCAUAUGUUAAAAAGGCCCUGGUGAAAAGAGGCAUCGAGGUGGUGCUCAUGACUGCUGACUCGGGGCUAGAAGUGACAAAGGGCCACUUACAAAAUGUGCUGGCCACUGUCCACAUGAAGAGUAUAAAGAAAGAAACUUACCAAGAGCUCUCUUCAGUUCAGGGCUGUAGCCCUAUACUGAUGAUGGUAUAUACAGCAAGCUCUUUUGAAAUGUGGGGUCUCGUCCAUCACACUGUGGAUCCACAAGUACUAAUGAAGGAUGUGCAUGAAAUGUUUAAGCUUAGGUUCUCCCUCAACUUCUAUAUGUUCCACGGUGGCACCAACUUCAGCUUCAUGGGCGGAGCUGCGUCUUCGAACACUUAUGCUAUGGCAAACUAUGGGGCACUGCUGACAGAGAAUGGAGAAUACACAGCCAAGUAUCUCACCUUUCAAAAGUUUUUUAGCUCUGUAAUAGAGACGGCCACGCCCCUCCAACCAGGUCACCCUCUGAAGGCUGAGUAUAAGUCAGUGACAACGUUGCCCUUCGUGUCACUGUGGGAAGUCCUGCCCUACCUGGACACACCAAUCAGGUCCACCAAGCCCGUCUCCAUGGAGAACCUGCCUGUGAACCAAGGGAGUGGCCAGUCCCGCGGGUAUACCUUUUACAAGACUUUAAUCUCCAGAGGAGGCCUCCUCACCUCAAAGGGUCACGUUCAGGAUCGGGCUCAGGUGUUUUUGGAUGAGACGUAUCUAGGAGUCCUGGAUCAUGAACACGAGGAGCAGCACACUCUGAGGAUCCUGGUGGAGAAUCAGGGCCGGCUCGCCUAUGGGCAGGACAUGAACACACAGAGAAGAGGUCUAACUGGGGAUAUCUAUCUGGACAAUUCUCCACUAAGAAAAUUCACCAUCUACAGCCUGGAGAUGCAAACUCAUUUCGUACAGAGGAAACUUCCCAGCAUCUGGAAACCAGUCUCAGAACGGGUUUGGGGUCCUGCCUUCUUCCUCAGUUACAUAAGAGUUAGUGAUUCCCCCAAAACCCUUUGUAAAAUUCAGGGCUGGAAGGAAGGCACCAUAUUUGUCAAUGGACAAAACCUAGGGCACUAUUGGAGUUUAGGUCCCCAGGAAACCCUUUACCUCCCAGGACACUGGCUUCAUUCUGGAUUCAGUGAGGUUAUCGUGUUUGAGGAACUGGAAGCUGGCCCGGAGAUCCAGUUCACACAAAAGCCUGAUCUGGGGCUGAAGGCACCUGCGCCAGGACGGGAGGUCGGGACACCCCGGGUGCGCACGGGGCUCUGCUGUCCUUGCGGUCCGGGUGGCACUGCGGGGCGGGGCUCCGCAGACCCGGGCGCCGCGGCCCCGCGCGGACUUCGCCUGGGCUCCAGGGGCGCAGCGCAGACCCGGGUUCCACCGGGCGACGCGGGACCUCGGCUCGUCGGCGUCGCAGUGAUGGGCUGCCCGGACUUUCUCAGGCUUGUAGGACUGAACGUGUCCCCAGCCUCCGGUUCUGCUGAGGAGGACCGUGGAGCAGCCGCAGUGGUGCGGGGAGCCUCUGUGGACACGGGUGGAGAAGCCGUGGCUGUCCUGGCUUUAGGCUCUCGGGGAGAAGACCUGCCUGUGGUGGGCACCUGCCCUGUGGCCCUUGCCUCAUAA